CUAGGAAGUAAAUUGACCGGGGGAACAACAUCCCCAAACCUUUCCCGCUACAACUUCUUUUUUCUCUGACGAUCUCUCUUCCGCCGCCGACAACCCUGAAUCGACUCGGAAGAACCAGAGAAGGAGAAGCCAACACCAAUUCCGAGACCGCCGCGUCCAAUCGACGUGCCCAAGACGGCACGGCUAUCCCUCCGACAACAUCCCGAAACGCUCCUCUUGGGCGACCUGCUUCUGGUCUGCGUCUAUGCAUUGCUAAGAGCCAGCUAGCUCGAAUCUCUCCUUGCACCCAUAUUUUCUCACCAACUCUACCCCCUUACCCCGGCUCGACGUACCGGCUCGGAUGGCUCCUCCCACGGGGCCCCUGAACCUCGAUGUCGAGGCCAUAUCCGGGAUCUGCGGGUCCAUCUCCAUCGCGGCGUGGGUCGUCGUCUUCUCGCCGCAGAUCGUCGAGAACUUCCGGCGCGGGUCGGCCGAGGGCCUGUCCGUCCCCUUCGUCGCGCUGUGGCUGCUCGGCGAUGUCUUCAACAUCAUCGGCGCCCUGCUGCAGCGCGUCCUACCCACCAUGGUCGUUCUCGCCGUCUACUACACCGUCGCCGACCUCGUCCUGCUCGCUCAGUGCUUCUACUACCGUCGUUCCGCCACCGCGGCCUCGAAGAACCUGUCGCCGACGACGCCGAAACCCGAACCGAAUGGUAGGAACGGCAAUCUCGAGGCAAGAGGAGGGGGACAAACAAGAGGUGACCGCCCGACCGAGAGGACCGCCCUGUUGUUGACUGGUAAGGACUACCCCGACGAGCGGCAGCGGAGAGACAGCGGAUGGUCGCACCUGAGCCCAGCCGUACCCUUAGUGUCGGAGCAGGCGUCCGCGCCGCCGCCGCCGCCGCCUACGCGGCUGCAGUCGGCUAUCUGGAAUUCAGUGGCGGUGCUCAUGGUGUGCGGGGCGGGUGUGCUGGGGUGGGCGUUGAGCCAGGGGCGCUCCAGCCCGUCAGCCCCGUCUCAGCCCGGGGAAGACCCGCCAGCGGCGGCGCUCCCGACCUUCGACCUCUGGGGCCAGGUGUUCGGGUGGCUGUGCGCGGCGCUGUACCUGGGGUCGCGGGUGCCGCAGCUGCUACUCAACUGGCGGCGGCGAUCGACUGAGGGCGUCAGCGUGCUCUUCUUCCUGUUCGCGUGCGUCGGCAACCUGACGUACGUGCUGUCGAUCCUGGCCUACGAGCCACCAGCAGGGGCCGGGCCCGCGGGGGACGUCUACGCGCGCUACGUCCUCGUCAACCUAUCCUGGCUCGCGGGCAGCGCCGGCACGCUGCUGCUCGACCUGUGCAUCUUCGCGCAGUUCUUCGCGUACGGCGACAGCGGCGGGAGCUCGACGGCGGGGGACGGUGAGGAGGGCUGGGGUGAGAGGGAGGGGAGGAGAGACGAGGAUGCGGAAGAGGAGGACGAGUUCGAGGUCGAGGAGGAUGACGACGACUACGACUACGACGAGAGGCUUGACGACACCCCGCUGCUGCAGCGCACCGGCUCGGGCAUGUCCUAGGUCUAGCCGCGAGAGGGGCAGGAGGGAGUGGGAAGAGGGAACGGGGGACAGGGGACGGGGGCCGGGCGGCAACUUGUCUUUUUUGCAUGGCUUUGGCUCUACGAAAAGUUGGUCUAUAUACAAAAACCGGAAAGGGGCAGGUACAACAGGACUGAACGGAUCGCAUCGCAUCUCAUCGGAACGGAAAAAAAAGGACAAAAAAAAGUAUUGAGUCAGAAACACAGACGGACCACGAAGGGGUAAUCGCGUCUGAACUGGAGAGGGAGGUGUUUGCUUUAUAUAUAAAAGCGUGCUUUUGAGCUGGCCGAGACACUUAAUUCUGUUAUUACGAAGGCUUGCUUCUCUAGCGGAGGAGGGAAGAGGAAAGGGGGGGCUCAAGAGAAAAGAGGCUCGCGCUCUGCUGAACUGAGGUCGUUGGGUGCUUAGGCAAGGGGCGGGGAGCGUGUGUU